AUGCUGCAAGUAUUGGAGUUAAUGAUUGCUGGGAUUUUUGAAUUACUGAAAUGGCUGCAUAGAUUAUUUGUGGAGUUGAUGGGGGAGUUAUUGGUGGAAUUCUUUGUGGAUUUUUGGUGGAGUUGCUGGAGGAAUGUUGACGGAGUGUAGUUAGUUAGUUAGUUAGUUUAAGCUAGGUGUUUAUAGUCCCUACGUCGUGGACUGCAUGCCGCGGUUCUACCCGCAGGGUGGCAGAGCGUACCCACAGCAAGCCCGGGCCGAAACCCCCGGUUUCUCGGUAGAGGUGAGGUCAAGGGGCAGGCUACUGUCUUAGCUGACCGCCUCCAUUUCCAACUCGCUGUGUCGCCCAAGUUGACGCCAACACUGCCCUUUCUAUUCGCCAGAUCGCCCCUUUUGAUCGGGACCCUUUUAACUGGAGAGACUUGUGCCCUUGAGGUUCUAAGUCGAGCCUCGCCUUCCCCUUUUUCCCGGAUCAUCUCCAAGAAAAAGCUCAACCCCUUACGGGAUUCGGGGCGAAGCCACCAAGUAGCUUAGGCAGGUAAUUCCCCUGCCUCUUUCGGACACCGAGUCUUGGCCUCGGUGCUACUGGCAAAAAAGAUGCGAAAAGCUGCUGCCCGGGUCAGGCCACAAAAUCAGCGGAAAUUGUUGACGGAGUGUGGUUAAAUGCUGGAAAAAUUCUUUCAAAAUAGUUUUUAAAGCAAACAAGAGAAGGGCUGAUAUUGAUUAG